AAAAAUACCUUCAUCCUAGGAUACAUGAGGAAUGGGAUAUCGAAAUCGCUCGCCAAAUAAAGAAGAAGACAAUAGACGAAAGAUAAUGACAAGAUUUGGGAAGUGUGUCGAUUAGAUUGGAGCUAAUUUUCACUUUUUUCUCUCCCGUGUGUGUAUUGCCGCUUCGUUGCGUUAGCCAGUAGUGCAGUUUGCCGUUUUGCCGAAGGCACAUAUUUCCGUGGUGGUUCGGGAUAGCUACCGGAUAGAGGAUAAAAAUAAACCAUGAACAAGGAAGCAGCCGAGGACUGCGUCGAGCGGGCCGUAAAGUACUUGGCCGAGGGGAAAAUCGAGAAAGCGGAAAAACUUCUAAACAAAUCGAUUACACUCCAUCCGACGGAACGGGCUAAAGAGUUGCUUAACAAAAUCAAAUGCGGAGCUUACGCGGAAAGCGCCACAUCCGGCAACACGUCCGACGAUGGCGUGCGGCAGCGAGGCACGGCAAAGGGUUCCGCACCGAAGGCGGAAAGUGGCAACGAAGCGGAAUACACACCGGAACAGCUGGAGGCAGUGAAACGGAUCAAGAAGUGCAAGGAUUAUUACGAAGUGCUGGAGGUAGCGAAGGAUGCGACCGAGUCUGACAUCAAGAAAGCCUACAAGAAGCUGGCCCUGCAGCUGCACCCGGACAAGAACCAUGCACCGGGCGCGGUAGAAGCAUUUAAAGCGAUCGGCAAUGCGGUCGCCAUCCUGACGGAUACGGAGAAGCGACGCUCGUACGAUCUGUACGGUCCGGAGGAACAUCAUCAGCCGACGGCACGCAAAACGCGCUACCAGUACGACUAUGCGUACACGCGCGGUUUCGAGACCGAGUUUACGGCCGAGGAACUGUUCAACAUGUUCUUCGGGGCCGAAAUUCCUACCCAGCACGUGUACACACGCCAAAGACGGUUUCAUCGAGCCGAACAGCAGCAGUACCGGGAGCCCCAAUCAGGGAUCGCCGCGUUCAUCAACCUGCUGCCCAUAAUACUGCUUCUCGCGCUGUCUAUGAUGUCGUCGUUCUUCAUUUCGGAUCCAAUCUACAGCCUUUCACCGAGCCAAAAAUUUUCGGUCGCACGCAAAACGAACCAGCUGAAGAUACCGUACUAUGUGAAGGAUAACUUUCACUCCGAGUAUCAGGGAUCGGUCGGUCGGCUGGAAGCUUCAGUGGAGGAGGAAUAUCUAAACAAUCUAAAGCAUUCCUGCUACCGAGAGCGAAACUAUAAAGACACGAUGCUAAUGAAGGCACGAAACUUUGGCGACCGAGAGCUUUACCAUAAGGCGCAAAGCAUCAACACACCGUCUUGUGAUAAAUUACAAAGUUUACACAACUAGUCAAAUGCAGCCAAAUCGUGGUUUUUCGACCACGACAGCUGAACGCAACUGUUGCAACAAAUGGGCCCCAUUUUUUUUGCAGCAGCACGUGGGAUGUACCCCCAUAAAAACACACACACACACACUUACACCCACACAAAACUAAAUACAUAGGACGGCGCGUAUGGAACACGUACGCAGAGUGUGAUUGGCGCGCAUCCAUUUUCUACAGUGACGGUAACGUUUGUUCUUUGUUAAUUUUUAUUGAUGAUUGUAGAACUACCGGAUGUGGACACACGUUUUGUGAGAAUGCUCGUUCGUUGGGACGGUCCAUCCGUCUCUGCAACUAGGAUCUUUACAGGUACGGUAAAGGUAAUAGGCAAAACAUAUUUCACCACGGUACGGCAUGUCGGCCACAGACCGGCAGCUUAGAUAAAUCUGUAUCAACGGAGCGCUAGCGUGCGCGGCAAUGUCGUCCCCUAGGUUGAUAGGUUAAAUGUUGUUUUCAGUUUUGUAAUAGAGUGAAGAAAAAGAGGCAAAAACAAUGUAGCAAAAGUAAUAGCUAACGAUGCAAAAGCGGCUUUACGGAGGGAGCGACAAAACAUACUUCACGAAAGAGUGCAAUUUAUCAGAAAAUCCGCCGACGUUAGUCCCGGACGUUGUCGGCGAAUGGUUUGCGGUGUAAUUUAUGAAAAACCUACCUUCCUUCUUUGAAAUAAACACGAAAUCAUCCUGAACAUG